CUGGUCUAGAGUCAACUAACUGGAAUUUCAUUGAUGCUUGAAAGUGAAACUUAGGGAGCUACAGUAAAAUUUCAUUGAAGUGCGCCUAAACGUGCUGUUACAGAGAAGGUGCGUCCAGAGGUGCACAUUUGAUCGUCCUGGGUUUGUAGCUUUUUCUGACUUCCUGCUUAGUCUGUUCCGGUUGAAGCGACUUCAAAGAAUUACGCAAAUAGAUUUAACACUUCGAUGGCACAGGCCACUGGUGCCGCUCUCCUUGGAGAGCUGCGUGCCUUUUCGGGCCCCAGCAGCCGGACAUGUCCUGGUUGCAAAGCACUGCAAACAGUGCCAUUACCAUCGUCUCCGUAUCGGUCUACAUUCAAAGGGGCGCCUCUCAUCAGGGAGAGCGAGCGCAACAGCAAUGGGGCAACCUUUUGGAUGGAGGCAGUGAGGACGAGGAGGGUCAAGGAGGACAGGUUUGUGCCGGUGACUGCGGAUGACAAGGUGCCUGUGCUAGAAAAGACAGUCACUGAGCGAGCGGCCAGGAGUUCGUCUAAAGGUAUGAGCCCGCUGCGGUACACCAGCGAGGAGCAGCGGAUCUCAGCGUCUACGCUCUUUGCAGAGGAGAUUCAGAGUACGGACCUGUUCGAAAUGCUUGACGAGGAUAAGCCAACCAACGCGAACUGGCCGCAGCCGACCUUUCAGAGGAAGACCAAAAUAGUAUGCACCAUCGGGCCAACCAGCUGGACCAAGGAGAUGAUCUGGAAGCUGGCGGAGACCGGCAUGAAUGUGGCUCGCCUGAACAUGUCGCACGGAGACCACGCGUCGCAUCUCAAGGUCAUCGAGCUGGUGCGCGAGUACAAUCGCGAGCGCGGCCACAACGUCCUGGCAAUCAUGCUUGAUACGAAGGGCCCGGAGGUGCGCAGCGGUGACCUCCCCCAGCCCCUGAUGAUGAAAAAGGGCGACCCGUUCACGUUCACCAUCAAGCGGGGGAUCAGCGAACCCAACCGCGUCAGCGUCAACUACGACGGCUUUGUUGAUGAUGUCAGCGUGGGCGAUGAGAUCCUGGUGGAUGGCGGCAUGAUGUCGCUCGUUGCGGUGAAGAAGACAGCUGAGGACGUCAUCUGCGAGGUGGGAGACGAGGGCGAGCUCAAGUCGCGCCGGCACCUCAACGUGCGUGGCAAGAGUGCCACGCUGCCCUCCAUCACAGACAAGGAUUGGGAGGACAUCAAGUUCGGUGUUGAGAACGAGGUCGACUACUACGCGCUGUCUUUCGUCAAGGACGCCCAGAUUGUGCACGAGCUAAAGUCCUACCUCAGAGAAAAGAACGCGGACAUCAGGGUGCUGGUGAAGAUCGAGAGCGCCGACUCCGUUCCCAACCUGCUCUCCAUCCUAGAUGCUGCCGACGGGGCGAUGGUGGCACGCGGUGACCUGGGCGCAGAGUUGCCGGUGGAAGAGGUGCCGCUGCUUCAGGGAGAAAUUAUUCGCAUCAACCGCAGCAUGGGCAAGCCGGUCAUUGUGGCGACCAACAUGCUCGAGAGCAUGAUCGUGCACCCCGCGCCGACUCGCGCUGAGGUGUCGGACAUUGCGAUCGCGGUCCGGGAGGGUGCGGACGCCGUCAUGCUGUCAGGCGAGACUGCCCACGGCAAGUACCCCCUGAAGGCGGUCAAGGUGAUGCACACCGUGGCCAUGAGGACCGAGGCCACCAUGCCCGAGACGCAUGCGCCCCCCAACCUGGGCCGCGCCUUCAAGAACCACAUGAGCGAGAUGUUUGCGUUCCACGCGACGAUCAUGAGCAACACGCUGGGCGCGUCCAUUUUGGUGUUUACGCGCAGCGGCUUCAUGGCCAUGCUGCUCUCGCACUACCGCCCCGUCGGGACCACCUUCGCCUUCACGAACGACAAGCGCGUGCAGCAGCGCCUCGCACUAUACCACGGGGUGCGCGCGCUCUAUCUCGAGUUCUCUUCCGACGCAGAGGAGACGUUCUCAGAGGCCAUCAAGAUACUCCUGUCGCGUGGCAUGGUGAAGCCGGGCGAGGACGUGGCUCUAGUCCAGAGCGGCCGGCAGCCCAUCUGGCGGUCCGAAUCGACGCACCACAUCCAGGUGCGGACAGUCCGCAAGAUGGACCAGGAGUCGGAUGACGAGGCCAUUUAGUUGUCGCCACGUGGCAAAGUUUGCAGGCGCAGCCGGCAAAGUUUCGAUUCCACCUUGCCGCUGAUUUGUAAGUAAAUUAGAAGACCAUUAUCAAGGCAUUUAGGGAGAAGGGAAACGGUGUCGACCACUACGUUCUGCUCGUCAUCACCGAGCACGAGCUGUAUUUCAUUCUUUUGAAUAGAUUUCAAUGAGGCGCUUUGAGGAGAAAGUCUUUGCGCAGUGGCGUGCUGGGUUAAGCACACGUCUAGACGGAUGAUGUGUCCUAUUUGUAUCUACAUCGUAAGUGAUUUCAGACGGUGCUGAUUUUGAUACAGCUCGAAUCAGUGGGGAAAGCCUACUUCAUGGGGCGUCGUCCGGUCAGUGCAUGGCGUAGGGCGGAUCUUAUAGUCAACCUGUCAUAGUCACGGUGAACCUUCGGAAGGUUCGGUAUAUGAAUCCAGCUACAGUACAAGAUCAG